CACAAUAUAUUGCCCCACGUAUUGCCCCCCUCCAAAUCAGGUGAUUCAGGUGUUCCAAUCCCCUCCAUACCAUGUGAUUCAGGUGUUCCAAUCCCCUCCAUAUCAUGUGAUUCAGGUGUUCCAAUCCCCUCCAUAUCAUGUGAUUCAGGUGUUCCAAUCCCCUCCCAAUCAUGUGAUUCAGGUGUUCCAAUCCCCUCCAUAUCAUGUGAUUCAGGUGUUCCAAUCCCCUCCAUAUCAUGUGAUUCAGGUGUUCCAAUCCCCUCCAUAUCAUGUGAUUCAGAUGUUCCAAUCCCCUCCAUAUCAUGUGAUUCAGGUGUUCCAAUCCCCUCCAAUCAUGUGAUUCAGGUGUUCCAAUCCCCUCCCAAUCAUGUGAUUCAGGUGUUCCAAUCCCCUCCCAAUCAUGUGAUUCAGGUGUUCCAAUCCCCUCCCAAUCAUGUGAUUCAGGUGUUCCAAUCCCCUCCCAAUCAUGUGAUUCAGGUGUUCCAAUCCCCUCCCAAUCAUGUGAUUCAGGUGUUCCAAUCCCCUCCAUAUCAUGUGAUUCAGGUGUUCCAAUCCCCCCCCAAUCAUGUGAUUCAGGUGUUCCAAUCCCCUCCCAGACAUGUGAUUCAGGUGUUCCAAUCCCCUCCAAUCAUGUGAUUCAGGUGUUCCAAUCCCCUCCCAGUCAUGUGAUUCAGGUGUUCAAAUCCCCUCCCAAUCAUGUGAUUCAGGUUUUCCAAUCCCCUCCCA